AUGAUUCCUAAUACCUUCGAACAACCUUUUUACACCCUUCAUAAACCAUUUUUACAUCCUUCCUACACCAUUUCUAUACCCUUCCUAAAACAUCUUACACUCUUCUUACAUCAUUCCUACUCACUUACGACAACUUUCCUACAUCUUUCUAGAAAUGCUUUUUCUUGUAUAAAGGAAGGGAUUACCCGAUCCAUUUCUAUAUCGGUCAUGAUAUAUAUAAUAAUUCGAGCACCCUUUUCAAAUGCAUAUCAAAUUUUUGCACAUCAAGGUUAUGAAAAUCCCCGAGAAGCAACCGGUCGUAUUGUUUGUGCCAAUUGUCAUUUAGUUAAUAAGCCUGUGGAUAUUGAGGUUCCACAAGCAGUACUUCCUGAUAUUGUAUUUGAAGCAGUUGUUCGAAUUCCUUAUGAUAUGCAAGUGAAACAAGUUCUAGCUAAUGUUAAAAAUGGAACUUUGAAUGUGGGGGCUUUUCUUAUUUUACCGGAAGGUUUUGAAUUGGCACCCUCCGAUCGUAUUUCGCCUGAGAUUAAAGAGAAGAUAGGUAAUCUGUCUUUUCAAAACUAUCGCCCUACAAAAAAAUAUAUUCUUGUAGUAGGCCCUGUUCCUGGUCAGAAAUAUAAUGAAAUCACGUUUCCUAUUCUUUCCCCGGAUCCCGCUAGUAAAAGAGAUAUUCAUUUCUUAAAAUAUCCGAUAUACGUAAACGGGAACAGGAAAAGGGGCCAGAUUUUGUUAGGGUUGUGGUUAAAUGGGUUGUGGUGUGGUUGGGUUGGGUUAGGUUAG